AUGAUCUCGUCUCAGUUGCUGGCUUAUGUGGCAAUUUCAGCUUUCUGCAUCUUAAAUGUCAGUGCCAUGGAUACUUUUAUUGCAGCUGUUUAUGAGCAUUCAGUGAUAUUGCCUAAUGCCACCCUAAAUCCAGCAUCCCAUGAAGAGGCAUUGGCGUUAAUGAACCAAAAUCUGGAUGUUUUGGAGGGAGCCAUCACAUCAGCAGCAAAGCAGGGUGCGCAUAUUAUUGUGACUCCAGAAGAUGGUAUUUAUGGCUGGGUCUUCACCAGGGAAACUAUCUAUCCUUACUUGGAGGAUAUCCCAGACCCUCAGGUGAACUGGAUUCCUUGUAAUGAUCCCAGCAGAUUUGGCCACACCCCAGUGCAAGAAAGACUCAGCUGCUUGGCCAAGAAGAACUCUAUCUACGUUGUGGCAAAUAUUGGGGACAAGAAGCCAUGCGAAGCCAAUGAUCCUCAGUGCCCCACUGAUGGCCGUUAUCAAUACAACACUAAUGUGGUGUUUGAUUCUGAAGGGAAAUUGGUGGCACGCUAUCAUAAGCAAAAUAUUUUCAUGGGUGAAGAUCAAUUCAAUUCACCCAAGAAGGCUGAGGUCGUAACUUUCAACACCACCUUUGGGAAGUUCGGAAUUUUCACGUGCUUUGAUAUACUCUUCCAUGAUCCUGCUGUGAUCCUGGUGAAGGAUUUCCAUGUAGACACCAUCCUCUUCCCGACAGCUUGGAUGAAUGUUUUGCCACAUUUAUCAGCUGUUGAAUUCCACUCAGCUUGGGCUAUGGGCAUGGGUGUCAAUUUCCUUGCAGCUAAUAUACAUCAUCCCCUGAGGAAAAUGACAGGAAGUGGCAUCUAUGCACCAGAUUCUCCAAGAGCCUUUCAUUAUGAUAUGAAGACAGAGGAGGGAAAACUCCUCCUCUCCGAACUGGAUUCCCAUCUAUACCGCUCUGUGGUGAAUUGGUCUUCUUAUGCCAACAGUAUAGAAGCACUCUCAACGGGAAACCAGGAGUUUAAGGGCACUGUCUUUUUUGAUAAUUUCACCUUCAUGGAGCUCAAAGGAGUCACAGGAAAUUACACAGUUUGUCACAGAGACCUCUGUUGUCAUCUAAGCUACAAGAUGUCUGAGAAGAGAUCAGAUGAAGUUUAUGCCCUUGGGGCAUUUGAUGGACUACACACGGUUGAAGGAACCUAUUAUCUACAAAUUUGUACCAUGUUGAAGUGUGGAACAACUGACUUAAAAACCUGUGGUGAGUCAGUUGAAGCAGCUUCCACCAGGUUUGAAAUGUUCUCUCUCAGUGGCACUUUUGGAACCCAGUAUGUCUUCCCUGAAGUAUUGCUGAGUGAAGUUCAGCUUGCACCUGGAGAAUUUCAGGUGUCAAGUGAUGGACGCUUGUUUAGCCUGAAGCCGACAUCUGGACCUGUCUUAACAGUGACUUUGUUUGGGAGGUGGUAUGAGAAGGACUGGACAUCAAAUGCUUCAUCAGAACUCAGGGCUCAAGCACUAGGAUUGAUGAUAAGUCACAGUGGGCUCUAGCCCAAAGUAGCUGUAUAGGAGACAGAUGCAGACGAACUCACUUGUCCCCAAGGAAGGGGUUCCGCUGCCUAGCUCAUCCACACCCUCUGUCCACUCUUACUGGAGAAGGUAGGUCUGAAAACUGUGAACACGCACACCAAGACUCGAGACUUGCCAGGGGACCUAGUGGAAUCCUUUAUCAGGAGAAUGCCGAAGAAACUGACUCAUUAAUGGUUUGGUACUUACUCAUAAAUUAAAAUUUAGGAAUAUUUAACAUGAAGAUUAAUAAAAUUUCUGUAAUUAUUUCCUUAAUACC